UCUUUUCUGGAUCUCUGCUACACCACAAGCUCCAUCCCCCAGUUGCUGGUCAACCUCUGGGGCCCAGAGAAAACCAUCUCUUACAAUGGUUGCAUGAUUCAACUUUAUUUUGUCCUUGCAUUGGGAACUGCUGAGUGUGUACUACUGGUGGUGAUGUCCUAUGACCGUUAUGCAGCUGUAUGUAGACCCUUGCAUUACACUGUCCUCAUGCACCCUCGUUUCUGCCAUAUAUUGGCUGCGGCUUCUUGGGUGAGUGGCUUUACCACCUCAGCACUUCAUUCCUCGUUUACCUUCUGGGUACCCCUGUGUGGACAUCGCCAAGUGGACCAUUUCUUCUGUGAAGUUCCAGCACUGCUGCGACUGUCAUGUGUUGAUAUCCGUACCAAUGAGCUGACCCUCAUGGUCAUGAGUUCCAUUUUUGUGAUCGUACCACUUAUGCUCAUUCUCAGCUCCUAUGGUGCCAUUGCCCGGGCUGUGCUGAGGAUGCAGUCAACAACUGGACUUCAGAAAGUCUAUGGCACAUGUGGAGCCCAUCUUAUGGUUGUAUCCCUCUUUUUCAUUCCAGUGAUGUGCAUAUAUCUCCAGCCACCAUCAGGAAAGUCUCAAGAUCAAGGCAAGUUCAUUGCCCUGUUUUAUACUGUUGUUACACCUAGCCUCAACCCUCUAAUCUACACCCUCAGAAACAAAGAUGUAAAAGGGGCAGUAAAGAGAUUAAUAGGGUGGGAUAGAGAGAUGUGACAGAUUACCUGUCUGGUAGUUUUUGUUCAGAGAGUCUUAUCUAUCUUGGAGAAUUCCUCUGCUCCUUUGAGACUUAAUUUUGGUCUAAAGCCAACCA